AUGUCAGAGAGCAAUAUCGACGGCAUAGAGAUAUCUGUCAGUAAUGACGAGAGGAGGGACAGAGCCGAUGCCGAGAACUCAGAGGACGAGCCAAAGCACAGGAGGAUGCGGUCGCUGAGGAAGAAGGCGCUGCACGCUUCAACCAAGCUGACACAUUCGCUGAAGAAGAGGGGGAAGAGGAAAGUCGACUGCAGAGUGCCGAGAAUACCGAUAGAGGAUGUCAGGGAUGCGGGUGAAGAGCAGGCGGUCAGUUCGUUCCGUGAGGUUUUGUUUGCCAGGAACCUUUUGCCUGAAAGGCAUGAUGAUUACCAUAUGAUGCUUAGAUUUUUGAAAGCUAGAAAGUUCGAUGUCGAAAAGGCAGCACAAAUGUGGGAUGAGAUGCUCCAGUGGAGGAAUGAAUUUGGGACAGACACAAUUUUGGAAGAUUUUGAAUUUCAUGAGCUAGAGGAGGUACUGCAAUAUUAUCCCCAGGGUUAUCAUGGGGUUGACAAGGAUGGAAGGCCUGUCUAUAUCGAGUUGCUUGGAAAAGUUGAACCCAAUAAACUUGUGCAAACCACAACAGUGGAACGAUAUAUCAAGUACCAUGUGCAAGAGUUUGAGAGAGCAUUCCGUGAGAAGUUUCCUGCCUGCUCAAUUUCUGCUCAAAAGCAUAUAGAUACAACAACCACAAUAUUGGAUGUCCAUGGCGUGGGCUGGAAGAACUUUGGUAAGAUUGCAAGGGAUUUAGUGCGCUGUAUGCAGAAAAUAGAUGGUGACUAUUAUCCCGAGACACUACAUCAAAUGUUCAUUGUAAAUGCUGGAGCUGGUUUCAAACUGAUCUGGAGCACUAUAAAGGGACUUCUUGACCCCAAAACAUCAUCAAAAAUUCAUGUUCUAGGAGCAAAAUACCAGAGCAGGCUUCUUGAAGCUAUUGACGCAAGCCAAUUACCAGAGUUUUUUGGUGGUUUGUGCACAUGCUCUAACCAAGGAGGAUGCCUGAGGUCCAACAAAGGCCCUUGGAGUGACCCUUUAAUUAUGAAGAUCGUACAUAGCAUGGAAUCAUCUGCAUUAAGGGAUAUUGUGCAAGUAUCUGAUAUAGAAGAAACAAUUACAGGCUCUGUAAGAUUGCGUGCGCUCAAGUUACCAGAAAGAAUUAGUGAUACAUCAAAUGCUGAAUCAGGUUCAGAUGUUGAUGAUCUUGGAUCCCCUGUAGCCCCAGAAGAUGUUGAAUAUCAUAGUUUGGCUCCAGUCCGUGAGGAAGCCAGGGAAUCAGGAUCAACGACAUACGGCUGUUCAGACGAUCGACCUCUUUCAGUGGAUAAAGCUGUCGAGUCCAAUAAAAGAUCUAACGUUGCUGGAAAUGUAUUAAGGCAGUACAACACACGACAAAAUUCAUCGAUGAAUAGAGUUUCGCCUGAGUCAGGUCGCGCCCCAAAUGUCCGUGAAGGCGAUGCAGAUGAUGGGAUUUUGAAAUUAUUUUCAAGAAAAGUUCUUGCUGUAAUUCUCAAAGUACUCUCUCUUUUGCGCUUGUUCACUCGCCAUCAGCGACAGUUGGAAAAUGUUCAUCCACAUACUGCAGCUGUACCCAGUAAUCAACCAAAUCUUCAGAUAGUUAAGGAAGACCGAGUAAAUCCUUGUCUGGAGCGUCUUGAAAGACUUGAAUCGAUGUGUAAUCAACUCAGCAGAAAGCCUCCUGAGAUCCCACAGGAUAAGGAUCGUGCUAUACAGGAUUCUUUUGAUAGGAUAAAAUCCAUUGAAUUUGACCUGGAGAAGACAAAGAAGGUAUUGCAUGCAACAGUGAUCAAACAAAUGCAGAUGGCUGAAACAUUGGAGUCCGUGACAGAGUCUGGUCAUAGAGUAAGAAAUUUUGUACGUAAUAAACUCACAGCAAUGUACAUGAACAAGAAAGAAAACAGAGAUGGCAACUUUGAUGACUGCUUUCCGACAGAAACUAAACAGCAUUGCUUUGUAUAUGUCUGCUCAGUCUCGCUUCUCUUUUUGGUCAAUCAAAAAGAUGGGUGA